AUGUCUAUGAAUUGCAUUAUUGCCAAUAAGGAAUUGAGGAAUGACCUCAACCUCCCGAGGAAGAAAACCUCAGCCACAGUAUCGGGCUUGGGGGGUGGUCGGACCCAAAGAAUCAAGUACAGCGUAGGGCUGAAUCUGGGAGCGGCUAACGGGGUAACCCCUGUGGUUUCGGCAAGAGCGUACGUCGUGACAAAAAUCACGAAUUAUGCCUCGCCAUCAGUAAACGCGCUCGAUAACGACGCGUUGCGAAACCUGAAGCUCGCCGAUCCCGAGCCCGCGUCUGGCCAAAACAUUGAAGUUUUGAUCGGCGCAGAUUUGUACGCUCAAGUUAUUCGGUCGGGAUUCCGUCGAAUAUCUCCCGAAGGGCCUAUUGCACAAGAAACUGCAUUUGGCUGGAUAUUAUCCGGACCGAUAGAUGCAGCGAGCAAGGCCCAGGGUCACGUGCGAACGUUGCAUUGCAACAUAUUCGAAUCGCUGGAUCACGCGAUUCGACGGUUCUGGGAAAUUGAAGAAAUUCCCUCGACCUCGGUGCUUACAAAAGCAGAGGAAGAGUGCGAAGCUCAUUUCCAAAAAACUGUCGCACGGGAUGCAACGGGAAGAUUUAUUGUCCGAUUGCCGUUUAAUCAUCCGAAACCGGAAGGUGCAUUGGGAGAUUCACUCCGUAUCGCCCUCUCCGCAUUGACAAGGUUGAGAAGGAAAUUGGACAAGGAUCAGACCCUCGUACGAGAAUAUCAAGAAUUUCUCACGGAGUAUGAGUCGUUGGAACACAUGACUCGUAUCGAGCCCUCUGAAAAAUCCAGACUCUACAUUCCGCAUCGAGCGGUCAUCCGUACGGAGAGUGCAACUACCAAACUGCGAGUCGUGUUUAAUGCGACGAGCCGUACGGUGGGUGGAAACUCCCUAAACGACAUCCUACACGUAGGGCCGAAAUUGCAGAACGACAUCACGUCCGUUUUGACGAGAUGGAGGCUGUACGAAUACGUGUUGGUGGCCGAUAUCGAGAAAAUGUUCCGACAAAUUCUCGUCGCCCCGCAGGAUCGUCGAUUUCAGUGCAUCUUAUGGCGCACGCCCGAAACCGAAGGGCUUCAAGCCUUCGAAUUAAACACCGUUACGUACGGAACGGCGUGUGCACCAUAUUUAUCGAUGCGUACUCUUCUCGAGCUGAAAAAACGGGACGGUGACAGAUUUCCUCUCGCCGCUCCGAUACUCGAGAAAGACAUAUACGUUGAUGACGUAUUUAUGGGGGCACCCGAUACGACCCUAUUGGAGAAAAUUCGUAUUCAAGUUUGCGAACUCCUACAGGGCGGCGGGUUUAAAUUGAGAAAGUGGGCUGGCAAUUCACAGAAAUUACUGCGAAACAUCCCACAAAAUUCUCACUCCCACGCUGUCGAUCUCACCUUAUUCGAUGACUCCGAACUCAAGGUGCUCGGAUUGCGAUGGAUACCAUCGGGUGAUUACUUCUAUUUCAACCUGCAACGGUUUCAACCGGCUGCAGGUCCGAUUACAAAACGAACUUUGUUUUCCGAAAUAGCCAAACUUUACGAUCCGCUCGGCUGGUUAUCACCAGUCGUAAUUCGGGCGAAGAUUUUGAUGCAAUCCCAAUGGCUGGAAAAAAUCCAGUGGGACGAUCAUGUCUCCGCGAAUACGUUAAAAACGUGGAACACGUUUUGCGAGGAUUGGAGCAGUUUGGAAAAGGUAGAAUUUCCCAGAUGGAUCCGUUACGGAGCAGACACAGUUUCGGUGGAAUUACACGGAUUCUGCGAUGCUUCGCUCGGAGCGUACUCGGCCGUUACGUAUUUACGCGUAACGACCAUGACCGAGGAAGUUUACACAACCUUGAUCAUGGCAAAAACGAGGGUGGCUCCUAUAAAAACGCAGUCGAUUCCGAUUCUCGAAUUGAAUGGAGCUGUACUGCUUACCGAGCUUAUAGUGCACGUGGGACGGUCACUUUCCAUAAAAAUUGACCGCAUAAUCUGUUGGUCAGAUUCCACUAUUACACUUGCUUGGUUGAAAAAACAUGCUUCGACUUGGAAGGUUGUGAUAGCCAACCGAGUAUCAAAAAUCCAAACCUUGCUUCCGAAGUCUGAAUGGAGACACGUUCCCACCCGCUUCAAUCCCGCGGAUUUGAAUUCGCGCGGUGUCGAAGCAGCGGAACUCAUUCAGUCGAAACUAUGGAUUUCUGGACGAGCAUGGAUGAGACAAUCUGAAGAAAAUUGGCCGAAAACGCCUGAUUCCAUCGAUACGAGCGAGGGCAAGCGCAUUCCGCACGCCCACGUUGCAACUCCAGAGAAAGAAUGGGAAUUCGUGUUUCGAUUCUCAACCUGGAGUAAGCUACUUCGCGUAACUGCAUAUUGUCUCCGAUUACGAAGACCGAUGCAAGGUGAGCGAAGGUCGUUCGAUGCAAACAUUGUCGAAGCUUCAGAAUUGCAGCUCGCCAAGGAAAAAAUCGUCCGCUACAUACAGCGAACGCACUUCGCGGGCGAGUACCAGUGCUUAAAAAAGCGCAGGGAAAUUCCCGCGAAAUCUCCAUUAAAACGUCUGAACCCGUUCCUAGACGCACACGAUGUCUUAAGGGUAGGUGGACGAUUGGAGAAUGCGACGCUGGCAUGGGAAGCGAAGCACCCCAUAAUUUUGCCAAAACAUCAUGUGUCCACCAUGAUAAUCCGGCAGUGCCACGUAAAUACGUUGCAUGGGGGCUUGCAGCUGACGAUAUCCAUGGUAAAACAGCAAUUUUGGAUCCUCGGUUGCAGAACUACGGCUCGAAAGGUCAUUCAUCAAUGCAUGAAAUGCGUGAGAUGGAGGGCACAAACCUCCACGCAGAUCAUGCAGGAUUUGACCUUGGAACGAAGUCGCCCAGCCCGGGCUUUUGGCAUUCAGUGGAAAUUCAAUCCACCCAGUGCCCCUCACUUCGGUGGGAUGCAGGAAGCUGGUGUCAAAUCAGUGAAGCAUCAUUUGAAGCGCAUCAUAGGAGAAUUCACUCCCACGAGCGAAGAAUUACAGACGUUACUCUGUAAAAUCGAAGCCAGUUUAAACUCGCGACCGAUUGCCGCUCUGAGUGACAGCCCAGAUGAUUACGCGCCUCUCACACCGGCCCACUUCCUAAUCGGAGGGCCUACGUUGGCACCCCCACUGGAAUCCGUGGAAAAUGCAAAUAUUUCGCAUCUUACAAGAUGGAGAGCAAUGCAAAAAUUCCACGAGCAGCUCUGGAGACACUGGACGAGAGAUUAUCUCACGCAUCUCCAGAACCGCUACAAAUGGCAGACGGAAAAUACACGCCUAAAAAAGAACGAUCUUGUUCUGGUACAGAAUCCUCUCCUCCCCCCAAAUCAGUGGGAAAUGGGAAGAAUAGAGGAAGUAUUUCCGGGAAAGGAUGGGCAUGUACGUGUAGUUAAAGUACGUACAGCCAAAUCCACAUAUACACGACCAAUUACGCGAUUGUGUAAAUUGCCUGUGGCUGAGUUUUCGUUUGAGUCACCUUCGGCAACGGUCACCGAAGUCGAACAGGUGAUCUAA